GGCGCGGGCCGGCUCGGGCCGGAGCCCCAGGCUCGUGCCAUUAUCCAAAAGAAGGACCUGGGAGAGGAUGAGAGUAUUAGUGCUGCACACGUAAAAGUCAAGAGGGAGAAACCUGAGGAAGAUUGACCAAUUUUUUAAUUCUAAAAACAUGGUCCACGGAUCAGUGACAUUCAGGGAUGUGGCCAUUGACUUCUCUCAGGAGGAGUGGGAAUGUCUGGAGCCUACUCAGAGGAGCUUGUACAGGGAUGUAAUGUUGGAAAACUACAGCAAUCUGAUCUCAUUGGGAAGUUUCAUUUCCAAGCCAGGUGUGAUUACCUUGCUAGAGCAAGAGAAAGAGCCCUGGAUGGUUGUGAGGAAAGAAACAAGCAGAUGGUACCCAGAUUUGGAGUCAAAUUAUGGCGCCGAGACAGUAUCUCCAGAAAAUGAUAUUUCAGAAAUAAAUUUACCCAAACAGAUUAUAAAGCAAAUAAAUAAAACUCUUGGCCUCGAGGCCUCCCAUUUUAGACAUGACUCAAAAUAUAGAAGUAGAUUUGAGAGACUCCAGGGACAUCAAGAAGGAUAUAUCAAUCAAAAGAUCAUCAGCUGUGAAAAAAUGUCUCUGUAUAGUCAUCUUACUCCCCUUAUUCAUAAUACAGAUAAACCAUAUGAAUGUAAGGAAUGUGGGAAGCACUUUAGUCGUGGUUCAAACCUUGUUCAGCAUCAGAGUAUUCAUACUGGAGAGAAACCCUAUGAAUGUAAGGAAUGUGAGAAGACCUUUAGACUUAACAUACAACUUAUUCGACAUCAGAAAUUUCAUACUGGUGAAAAACCUUUUGAAUGUAGAGAAUGUGGAAAGGCCUUUAGUCUUCCCACCCAGCUUAAUCGCCAUAAGAACAUUCAUACAGGUGAGAAGCCAUUUGAAUGUAAAGAAUGUGGGAAGUCCUUUAAUCGUAGUUCAAACCUUAUUCAGCAUCAAAGUAUUCAUGCUGGUGCUAAACCAUAUGAAUGUAAAGAGUGUGGGAAAGGCUUUAAUCGUGGUUCAAACCUUAUUCAGCAUCAGAAAAUUCAUUCCAAUGAGAAGCCCUUUGUAUGUAAGGAAUGUAAGAUGGCCUUUAGAUAUCAUUACCAACUUAUUGAACAUUGUCAAAUUCAUACUGGUGAGAAACCCUUUGAAUGUACAGAAUGUGGAAAGGCCUUUACUCUUCUGACAAAGCUUGUUCGACAUCAGAAGAUUCAUACUGGCGAGAAACCCUUUGAAUGUAAGGAAUGUGGAAAGGCCUUUUGUCUUCUCAACCAGCUUAAUCGCCAUAAGAAUAUCCACUCAGGUGAAAAACCCUUUGAAUGUAAGGAAUGUGGGAAGUCCUUUAAUCGUAGCUCAAACCUUAUUCAACAUCAGAGUAUUCAUGCUGGUGCUAAACCAUAUGAAUGUAAGGAGUGUGGAAAAGGCUUUAAUCGUGGUGCAAAUCUUAUUCAGCAUCAGAAAAUUCAUUCCAAUGAGAAGCCCUUUGUAUGUAAGGAAUGUGGGAUGGCCUUUAGAUAUCAUUAUCAACUUAUUGAACAUUGUCGAAUUCAUACUGGCGAAGAACCCUUUGAAUGUAAAGAAUGUGGAAAGACCUUUAGUCUUCUGACACAGCUUGUUCGACAUCAGAACAUUCAUACAGGUGAGAAACCUUUUCAAUGUAAGGAAUGUGGAAAGGCCUUUAGUCGUGGCUCAAACCUUGUUCAGCAUCAGAGUAUUCAUACUGGUGAGAAACCCUAUGAAUGUAAGGAAUGUGGGAAGGCAUUUAGACUUCACCUACAACUUUCUCAACAUCAGAAAAUUCAUACUGGUGAGAAACCUUUUGAAUGUAAGGAAUGUGGGAAACUUUUUCGUCGUGGUUCAAAUCUUAAUCAACAUAGAAGUAUUCAUACUGGAAAAAAACCCUUUGAAUGUAAGGAAUGUGGAAAAACCUUUCGCCUUCAUAUGCAGCUUAUUCGACAUCAGAAAUUCCAUACUGGUAAGAAACCUUUUGAGUGUAGGGAAUGUGGAAAGGUCUUUAGUCUUCCUACUCAGCUUAAUCGCCAUAAGAAUAUUCAUACAGGUGAGAAGCCAUUUGAAUGUAAGGAAUGUGGGAAGUCCUUUAAUCGUGUCUCAAACCUUGUCCAGCAUCAGAGUAUUCAUGCUGGUGUGAAGCCAUAUAAAUGUAAGGAGUGUGGAAAAGGUUUUAAUCGUGGUUCAAACCUUAUUCAGCAUCAGAAAAUUCAUUCUAGUGAAAAACCCUUUGAAUGUAAGAAUUGUAGAAGGGCUUUUAGAUACCAUUACCAACUUAUUGAACAUUGCCAAAUUCAUACUGGUGAGAAACCUUUUGAAUGUAAAGAAUGUGGAAAAGCAUUUAGUCUUCUGACACAACUUACUCGACACCAGAAUAUUCAUACUGGUGGGAAGCCAUUUGAAUGUAAGGAAUGUGGGAAGGCCUUCAGUCGUGGCUCAAGCCUUGUUCAACACCAGAGUAUUCAUACUGGUGAGAAACUCUGUGAAUGUAAGGAGUGUGGGAAGGCUUUUAGACUUCAUCUACAACUUUCUCAACAUCGAAAAACAAUACAGGUGAGAAACCCUUUGAAUGUAAGGAAUGUGGGACAACCUUCAGACAUCACUACCUACUUAUUGAACAUCAGAAAAUUCAUACUAGGGUGA